CCAGCGUCACGGCACGGCAGCCGUUUCGCCCACCCCUGGACUGGCGUUAGGUGCGAGGGCUGUGCCCCCAGCACCCCGGGGGCUGCAGCGAGGGCAUGAGAGCCAGGGAGAUGCCCCCGGGAGCCCGGCGGGUAGGUGGGACGCGCUUCCAGGGGCGAUGGAGGAGAAUCGAGAAAGCUUUGAGCCCUUAGCGGGACAAACCUGCCGCCGGUGAGAGCCCGCCAGGCUUGCUUGGAUGGCUGCAGACUUCUUUGCAGCCAUGCCGUCAACCAACCAGGGCUGGCCCGAGGCCUUCGGGUUCAAGAUAAGCGGGACCGGUCCAUGCUACAUCCUCUGGGUGCAGGAUGGCAGCAGUGCGGCGGUGGCGGGGCUGCGGCCGGGCGACGAGGUGGUGGAAAUCGAGGGGCAGCCCGUCUCCUCCCUGGGCUGCGAGGCGCUGCUCGGGCUGGCCAGGCGCUGCGGCAACGUGCCCCCCAGCAUUGGGGUGGUCUCCCGCCUGCAGCACGUCGACAUCCCCCCUGGUCCCCGGGGAUGCUUCGGCUUCGAGCUGGCGAGCGGCAGCCCCCCGCGAGUGGCCAGCGUCAGCCCGGAGUCGCCCGCCGCUGCCUGCGGGAUCGAGCCGGGGGAUUACGUGCUGGAAGUCAACGGGAUGCCGGUGAUGCUGCAGGAGGCGGCGGUCGCCUCGGUGGGGUCCUGCCACGGACGGUCCCUGCGGCUGGGGCUGCUGCGGCCGCAGCGCCGGAGCGGCACGCGGGACACCAUCCCCAGUGCCGACGCCGUGCGCCAGGAGAGGAAGCAGAAAGCGCAGGAAUUCAGCAGAAAGGUAGAUGACAUCCUCGGUGACCAGCCAGAGGUCAAGGAGAAGGUGUUCACCAUCCUGAAGCAGUACGCGGCGGAGCGGAAGGUGGAGUACUUGGCCUAUGCCCUCUGCAUGGUCCUCACCCAGGAGUCCCACCAGCAUCUGAUUGACAACAUCAGGAUUUUCAUCCCCAAGAAGCACCGGCAGCGGUUUGACGAGGUGGUGUCGCAGAGCCUGAUCAGCAAGCUCUGCCGCUCCAAGAGCGAGCAGCACAGCAAUCGGCUGCGACGCAGCCGGAGUGAAGACCACCAGGAACGGCUCCUUGUUUCCACCCGUGCCAGCUCCGUGCCCCGCAGCCACGAGGAGGCCAGCAAGAGCCUGCGGAAAACCACUUCGCUCAUCACCAGCAACGUGGCCUCGGGGGCUGCCCGCAGAACUGUGCGAGUUUAUAAAGGCAACAGAAGCUUUGGCUUCACGCUACGUGGCCAUGCCCCGGUGUGGAUCGAGUCUGUUCUGCCAGGGAGCCCGGCCGAGAAGGCAGCUCUCAAACCUGGAGACCGGAUCCUAUUCCUCAACGGUCUGGACAUGAGGAACUGCUCCCAUGACAAGGUGGUGUCGAUGCUGCAGGGCAGCGGGGCGAUGCCCACCUUGGUGGUGGAAGAGGGGAUCGUCAACUUCUCCAACGACUCUGACUCUGCUGAUUCCCCGAGCACCUCCUCCGCCCUCACCUCCCUGCAGUGGGUUGCAGAAAUACUCCCCUCUAGCAUCAAGAUUCAAGGAAGGACCUUCACCCAGCAGCUGGAGCACCUACUGACUCCACCUGAGCGCUAUACCAUCUGCAAAGCACUGGAAGGCUUCUUUCAACAUCGGAACAUUGACACUCUCAUUGUGGAUGUGUACCCGGUGCUGGACACACCGGCCAAGCAAGUAAUUUGGCAGUUUAUCUACCAGCUGCUGACGUAUGAAGAGCAGGAGCACUGCCAGCAAAAGAUUGCCAGGUUUCUUGGUUACAAGUCCUUGGCAGCUGAGCCAGAAGCAGAGGACCGCUACCGCAGCUCCGUUCGAGGGGCAUCCUUGUGCCGGGGAAGCCUUCGAACCCCCCGCCCCGAGGAAGGGGGGGCAGCAGGGCAGAGCGACACUGUGGAGGUCCCAGUUCGCCUGAUCCCUGGAGAGAGACAGGCUGGAGACGGCACAUCCCUCCCGGAGACACCCAACCCCAAAAUGAUGUCGGCUGUCUACGCAGAAUUAGAAAACCGCCUGAUCGGCAGCUUUGCUGGCAAGAGGGGUAGCGCUGCCCUGCACAGAGCAUCGCCUCCUGCCCCAGAGCUGGCACACGCUGCAGGUUCUCGCAAGCCGGGGAUGGCGAUCUCGUGGCCGAGCGACCCUCUGGCUUCCCAGCAGUGCUACUACCGCCUGCACAGCAGCGUGGCCUCCCCGAGCAGCACCGAGUCCAACCCCUACGUCAGCCUCGACAGCAGCCCAGCCCCGUCCCCCAAGCACCGCGACUACCCGCUCAGCCCUCUGUCGCGACGGAAGAAGCUCUUCACCUUCUCCAGGCCCCCGCGCAGCCGCGACACCGACCGAUUCCUGGAUGCCCUCAGUGAGCAGCUGGGACACCGGGUCACCAUCGUGGAUGAUUUUCUCACCCCUGAGAAUGACUACGAGGAGAUGAGUUUCCACGAUGACCAGGGCAGCUACGUCACCAACGACGUCAGCAGCAGCGAGUACAUCAGCAGCAGCGACGAGGGCAGCUCCCUGACCUACUCCACGCUCUCGGACCACAUCCCCCCUCCGCCGCUCAGCCCCCCCCCGCCACCCCCUCCCCUGCAGUUCCACGACCCCCAGACCGUCCCCACCAAGGCAGAGGCCACGAAGGCCAGCAUGGCGCCCGCUCCCAAAUCCCUCGUCAGCCACCUGCACCCCAUCCCACCCCCGCCGCCCCCGCCGCCGCCCCCCCCGGUGCCCUGCGCGCCCCCCCUGCACCGGGGGCUGCUGCACCGCAGGAGCGAGUCCAACCACAUGAGUGUCAAGAGGCUGCGGUGGGAGCAGGUGGAGAACUCGGAAGGGACCAUCUGGGGGCAGCUCGGGGAAGACUCCGAUUACGACAAGCUGAGCGAUAUGGUCAAAUACCUUGACCUGGAGCUGCACUUCGGGACGCAGAAGCCUACAAUUUCUCUUCCAGAGCCAACUCUCAUGCCUGAAAACUUUAAAAAGAAAGACGUGGUUGAAAUUUUGUCCCACAAAAAGGCCUACAACACAUCCAUCCUGAUAGCCCACCUCAAGCUCUCACACAUCGAGCUGCGCCAGAUUCUCAUGACGAUGGAGACGGACCGCCUGGAGCCUUCCCACAUCAAGCAGCUCUUGCUGUACGCCCCGGACGGGGAGGAGGUCCAGCGCUUCCAGAGCUACAAGGAGAACCCCGGCAAGCUGAGCGAGCCCGACCAGUUUGUGCUGCAGAUGUUGUCAGUACCAGAAUACAAGAUCCGUCUGCGCAGCCUACAUUUUAAGACCACUCUGCAAGAGAAGACAGAGGAGAUCAAAGCCAGCUACGAGUGCAUCUGCAAGGCCUCUCUAGAGCUGAAAAGCAGCAAGAAGCUGGCUAAGAUCUUGGAGUUUGUGCUGGCGAUGGGGAACUACCUGAACAAUGGGCAGCCCAAGACCAGCAAAACAACAGGCUUUAAAAUCAACUUUCUCACCGAGCUGAACACAACCAAGACUGUUGAUGGGAAAUCCACCUUCCUGCACAUUCUUGCCAAAUCACUUAGCCAACAUUUCCCAGAGCUCCUGGGCUUUGCCAAGGAUCUUCCUACAGUGCCGCUUGCUGCCAAAGUGAAUCAGAGAACACUAACGGCUGACCUAAAGGACCUGCACACCACCGUCAGUGACAUACAGAUGGCCUGUCACAACAUGCCAGCUACUGCAGAGGACAGAUUUGCAAUUGUGAUGACUUCUUUCCUGGAGAGUGCCCAGCCUGCCAUGCGAUCCCUGGAUGACCUGCAGCACAAGGCCAUGGAAGAAUUCAGCAAGGUGUUGUCCUUCUUUGGGGAAGACUCGAAAAUGACAACUUCUGAAGCUUUCUUUGGCAUUUUUGCAGAAUUCAUUAGCAAGUUUGAGCGGGCACUCAGCGAUGUGCAGGUUGGCGAGAGCCAGCGCAGCCCCAGGAUGACCUCCCCCCUUGCCUGGUGACGGGCCUGCAGCAAUGCGAGGUGCAACAAUUUAUUGCCAACAAAGUGCAAUUUGCUCCCAUUGAGUUUGGUUGUAAAUACGCUGCUGUCACCUGCUACCACUAAGGAGAACCAAGGACCAAAGGGUCGGGGCAGUUUGGACACUGAAAAGGCACCACAGGUGAUAGUGGAUGGAUGCGAGGGUGAGGCACAGGGACAUGAAGGUAAACACUGCGCUGGUCUUGACAACAGCUUUCUUGGCAUCCUCCAUUUCCAGCAUAUGACUGAGUCAAGGAUUUCAGACACAUCUGGCUAAAACCUCAUUCUCCCGUGUUUCCAGAACACGUAUAACUGGCACCAGCAGUUGCUGGAGACCUUCCCCCCAGCCAGUACCCAAGCGUGGCUGUGCAAGGAGUCAGCCCUCGCAGGAUAUAACUUUCCCCAGGCAGGCACUGCUCAUCCCUGCCAGCCUCGGGGCCGGGGUUAGAGCCCAGCCACGGACUCCCUGGGGAGGCAGAGCAGGUCAGGCGAGGAAGGGAGCAUGGGGGGACAAGGACUGCCACCAGCUCCUGCUCCCCCAGGACCCUGAGGAGCAACGCUGCUGAGCCCCUCUCAAAUCCCUCUCGAAGCCCUUCUCCCCUUGAGCUGCACCGUGGGGCUGGAGCUCCACCUGAACAGACCCUAACAGAGAGGUUGCCGGAGGUGGCCCAGAGGCUUUAAUCCCCUGCCGUUGCCAGCUAGUGGCAAUGGAAAGCAAUAUGACCUUGCAGAACCCUUCUGGCAUGUCCGUGUGGUCCCACAUACAGAUCCAGUCUGGUUCUACCCAGCUGUGCUGGAGAGGACAGAAAGCCCAGAGUCCUUCCCGGCCAUCAGCUUUGCUUAAAGGUGUGGCAGAGACUGGCAGGUCUUGAAUUCUUCCCAAGAGUUUAACAUCAUCAGCAGUAGACUUAUUUGAACUCGCCAGGAGACAUAAAUCCCUGAGUGUUUUGGUGCCUCCUGGGAAAGUACCAAACCCUCGGUAGCCUAAAAAUGAGUGGGAGUCCUCUGCAGCCCCGAGUACUGCUCCCAAGGCACGAGGCACGGCAGAGAGCAGCGAGAAACACAUCCCCUGCCCUCCUGUAUUCACUCCGGAGGGCUGAAGUCCUGAGAAUCCCUUUACUGUAUGACUAGUCGUUCAUGCUGAAUAUACCCAGGGAACUCUAGAAGCAUGCACGUCCAUCUUUCAACAACGUCUGAUUGUUAUUUAGAUGACUUAAUUCCCUCCGAGAUGUCCCCUGGGACAAAAGGGCUAGCAGCAUCCCAUGGGCAGUGCACGUGCCUCCGGGCGACGCAGUGCCCCGAGAGCUUUACAGCAGCAAACCUACAGUGCGUUAAUAUUGUGAGGCAUUACUCUGUGCAAAACGCAUCCGUUGCCUUUCAAACCCGAUGCUCCAACGUCGUGCCCUGCGGAAGCACUCCAGCAAGCCGUAGCGUAGGUAACCUUCCUCCCGCCUAUUGCCAGAGCAAGAGCUCUUACUGAAGCCUUUGCUCAAGUACAGAAUCACCAACUGGUGCAUUAUUUAUGGGAGACCUUAUGACCAUCAAAUCUUUGGUUUUUCAGUAUUUUUUUAAACCCUGCUGUAGAAAGUGAAGUAUCUUUUCACAAGCAUUCUCAGUUUAUACAGCUUUAAGUGCCAGGUAGUUUCUAGCGUUGUGUUCCCAGAGGUCUGGCCCCGUCUGUCUCUGCCUCUUCUGCCCUGACGGCGGUGACAGGGCAAUGCUCACUCAGCUCCUCUUUCCGUUUUGGAUGUCGCACACUGUAUUCAGUUGAUUUUUUUUUUUUUUCUAAAAACAUAUUCAAUAUUUAAACCACUGGAGGUUCUUUUGAAACUGUCAUUACAAAUGUGAAAAUGCUGUACAUAGAUUUUGCUACAUGUUGUAACUUUCCAAAAUAGUUAGAACUCCAAUCCCUUUGGUAUUUUUAUGUGAAUAUUUUCAAAGAACCAGAACUUCUGACACAUGGUUAUUAUUUGAUAAUGGGACUAUGUAUAUUCACAGUUCAGUCUCUACCCAAUGCCUAUGUGCUAUUCCUAAAAUAAAGCUACUGCCUUCUGCCUCAUGA